UUCACGCAUCUCUCCCCUCUCUCUCUCCUCUUAAUCUUAAAGACGCUUUAGCAUUUGCUUUUGCCUAGUCUCUGGAAAACAUCUGAAUCAUUUUAACCAACUCCAGCUGUCGCCCUGGUGUGUGUGUGUGUGUGUGUGUAUGAGAGAGAGAGAGAAAGUGCGUGGCCGUCUGUGAAUGAGAGGAGACUCGAGCGAGGGUGACGUUUAGAUUUACAAAAAAAAAAAAAAAGUUAGGAUAUUCUUUUCGUCAGUUUUUUGUCGGUAUGAACGCAGAUGCGUGCGUCUCAUACUGCGAUAUGACCUCCAUGGAUUCAUAUUAUCCCCCAUCGUCAGGGCAAGGAAGAGUCCAACAGGCCAAUCCUUACAGGACGUUCCAGCCGAGCGACUCUAAAUACAGUCCCACUUUCCUGCCCGCCAAAGGUCAAGCUUACGGGGACAAGCCGAGGAGUCCCUUCCAGCAAGAGUGCCCUUCACUGGAGGAAAGCUCAGCCGAGAGCCCGUACAGCAAGUAUCAUCUGUUCAUGCAGAGACCCACAUGCAAAACUCCCACUGAAGACAGCAAACUACAGGACAUCUCUUGCUAUGGUAAAGAUGGCACUGGACUGACAGACACAGAGAUGCCUCAGUCUGAUGAUCCUACAGGUAUGGAUGGUAGUUACAUCAAUCUGAAAGACACCGGGGUCAAAGGUCAAGCAGAACGCCCUGAGCUCGGCAGUCCUCUAGACAAGUGUGAGGCUGAGAGCAAUAAAGGCAAGAAGAGACGGAACCGCACCACCUUCACGAGCUAUCAGCUGGAGGAGCUGGAGAAGGUUUUCCAGAAGACACACUACCCUGAUGUGUACGCCCGCGAACAGCUGGCCCUCAGGACGGACCUCACUGAGGCACGGGUGCAGGUGUGGUUUCAGAAUCGCCGAGCCAAAUGGAGAAAGAGAGAGCGCUUUGGUCAGAUGCAGCAGGUUCGGACGCACUUCUCAACGCCAUAUGAGCUUCCUCUUCUUACACGACCAGAAAAUUAUGCACAGAUUCAGAACCCAUCUUGGCUAAGUGGCAGCAGUGCCGCCUCCCCAGUGCCUGGCUGUGUGGUUCCUUGUGAUUCUGCAUCUUCCUGCAUGAGCCCUCACCCUCACUCCGCUAGUGGCGUGACUGAUUUCCUCGGUAUGCCAAGCCCAGGUGGGAACAUGGGACAGACACACAUGGGCAGUCUUUUUGGCAACUCUGGAAUGGGCGUAACCAUGAAUGGUUUUGAUCUCAGCGUCGAACCAGAUCGCAAAUCCUCCAGCAUCGCCAGCUUGCGCAUGAAGGCGAAAGAGCACAGUGCCGCGAUCACAUGGGCCACAUGAUGCCUUCAUCUGGGACACAGAAGACCAGACAACCUCAGCCCUAAGCUGUCAGCACUAAUGAGGUGAAAGUAAUGCCAUCUGGAGCCAAUAUGAACAUGAGAAAUGGAGGCUCGAAGCUUUAAAACACUUGGAGAUUUCAUUUUGCAUUUUGAGAGGAAGUGGAUGUGUCUGAAUGUGUGGAAACCGACGGGCCAGUUUCAAAAUAGAGACUGUACUGAAAAAUAAAUAUACUGACAAGUAUCACCAUUUGAAAGAAAAUCAGUAUGCACUAUUUUAAAACAAAAUUAAAUUUAAAUGAAAGAAGAAAGCAUCGGUUCUUAUGCACUAGGUUUAAACCAUUCAGACUGGAUUGAGCAGGAUAAAGAACAAGUGCUUCCCAUCCAAUAGAUCCAUAAGGUGUCAGAGCCAUUCUAUGUUAUGGGUUUGGUCCUCAAAAGUUUGGAGCUCCAGAAAUACUCCCUUUUUAUCACUGCUACAUUCUCUAAACCAGCGGUAAUAGGACAUUGUUUCCAGAUAAAUGGGGGAAUGGUGUGUUUGUUUCGGGUUAACGGGACGCAGCUCUAUCGGUUGGAACAUAAGCCGAACUUCAUUAAUUUCCUGGCUCCAUCAGUUCCUUUGCACCAGCGAAAGAUCUAGUUUCUCCCGCUGCCGGGAGGGUCAUCGCCCAAAACCUCUGCUUCUUUUCAACACGAAACUCUGCUUAUCAUCAAAUACGAAGAAGAGACUCUAGGUCUGGUGCCAUUAGGGUUCUUCUUAGCCAGUAAUGUGCUGCAAACUCAAUUAUUUUUUAUUGGUAAAUUCAAUAACUGAAUUGAUCUCUUAAAGGGAUGGUUCACCCAAAAAUAAACAUUCUGUCAUUAAUUGCUCACCCUCAUAUAACCAAUGUGAAUAACAUCCGAAAAUUAUUCUGUUCAUCAUAUAUAGAGAUUGUGUCCCUUAACCGCUCAAUAUGGAUUAGCUUUAAGAUCUCUUGAUGAACUUUUUGAUGCGUAGCUGUCAAUGGAGAGACAGAAAACUCUCAGAGUUCUUAAAGGAGUAGUUCACAUU